CUUGUAGAUGUAGGCAAGGAUAUAAAACCGUCUCACCUGUUCUGCUGUUGGAAGAUGGCCACUGCAGCGGAGGACCCCCACCUGGGCUCAUGCCCCGGUGAGGACGAUGAUCUGUCAGAGGGAGACUCCGAUUCAGACAGCAUCCUCUCUGAUGACUCGGUGCUUCCAGACUACAUACCGGAGACAAGUGGGGGACAGACGGCAUCAACACUGUAUCGAGCAUGCGUCCGUAAUGACCUCACCUCUCUGCGGAAAGUUCUGGAAAGAGGGGUAACGAAAGAGGAGGUCAACGAGCUGGAUAUCAAUGGCUGGAAUGGCCUGAUGGUGGCGUGCUGCAAGGGUUUUGUGGACAUUGUAUAUGGCCUUCACAGCUGUCCCUAUAUGGACAUAAAUCACCAAGACAAUGAAGGAAACACUGCUCUGAUGAUUGCAUCCCAAGCAGGUCAUGUCAACACAGUCAUGUAUCUCCUAAACUACUACCCUGGCAUAGACACUGAAAUCAUGGAUUGUCGAGGUUUCACCGCCCUCAUCAAAGCUGCUAUGACCGGCCGCACUGACGUCAUGGCCGCCCUUGUUAUGGCUGGGGCUGACAUACAUGCAGUAGACACCACAAAAGGAAAAUGCGCUAAGGACUGGGCACUGAAGACAGGUCGCUAUGAGACCCUUAAUCGUCUCCGCCGUCUUAUUUUGCGGCCUAAAGCCGAGCAGUUCUGUGAGAGUUACGUCCCUGAGUGGCCUGAGCUCAAGGAAAGGGUUGCCAAGGCCACAGCUGAGAAAAGUGCCAGGGAAAAAAUCACCCAGCGGAUCAAAAACACAUUUGUCAUCAGAUUUCCUCGUGACCCCGAGGACGACGGGGUCUUGGACCACAUGGUGCGCAUUACCACCAGUGUCCACAGUCCCCUAAUCGCAACUGGAUGCCGUCCACUCUGCCCUACGAGUCCUCCUGAGUUGGGGAAGAGGCGCAUGGCUGUGCCAGAGCUGGUGAAGAAACACCCAGAUAAGAAAUUAGAAGAGAGCUCAGUUUGUCACAGCAACGGCUCAGUAUCACACAUCAUUCCCGCAAUCCAGUCUGCAGAGUCCAUCUCUACAAUGUGCUGUGCAGAGGCCGAGCGGCGAGGCAGCAUGCUCUCAUUGACUUCCACCAAAGUCGCUCCUACGUUCAUUUCCCGCAAUAUGGCGAGAAGGAACAGCGUGUUCCCCUCUGGCUGCAUCCCCAAGAUCGAUAUCAUCAGGCCAACAGAGGCAACUCCAAAGAAGGAAAAGAAGAAGAAGAAGAAGGACAAGCGCUUCCUGGAACCACCUAUUUGGAAGUACAAGGAGGCCAAGGAAGAGAAAAAGAGGGAGCAGAAGAGAGCAGAGAAAGAAAAGGAAGAGAAAGAGAAAGAGAAAAAGCAGAAAAAGAAAGAAAGCAAGAAAGCCAAAAAAUAA